AUGUCAACGACAAUAGCUAAAACAGAAACAACAGAAUUUGUAAAUGAAAUCGAAGCGAUUUAUGAACAACCGGUUACAUAUAAACUUCGGGCAUCAUCAACAUGGGUUACUAAACCUAAUAAAGAGCGUACUAUAUUUGAAAGUCUGGCUACAAUAGACCUCGCUGAUAAAAAAAACUAUACAGUUCAACCUAAAAAUCCAAAUCCACCACCAAUACAUAGUAUUUGGCUAGAACGUUUUUGGUUCUUUUAUACAGUUUCUCCACCACUCAUUAUUCAUGCAUUAUGGUAUUAUAUUGUACCGGAAAAUAAUUAUUUUCAUACAUGGCAUCCUUUAUUUGCAUUCCUAUUUUAUUCUGUGGCAUUUUUUCUUAUUAUCACACGUAUUGCUGAUCAUUGUCAUUAUUAUAUGAAAUAUUAUGGAACAUUUGAUGAACAUAAUCGACCACGUGAUUAUGUUCCAGAUAAAUUAGUAACUCGUCUUGUUAUGAGUGUUCUUAUUUAUAUACUAGCACGUACUGGUGGUGGUCUACUUCUCGGUGGAUAUGAUCGUAAUUCUCCACCUUCACUUGGUCAUACUAUUUCAUGGUUUUUUCCUAUUAAAAUUGGUGUAUGGUUAAUUGUUUUGGAUUUUUUCUUUUAUUCAUAUCAUCGAAUGACUCAUACAAUUCCAUUCUUAUGGAAAAUUCAUAGUUUACAUCAUUGUACAAAACAUCCAACUGUAUUACAAUCGAUUCUUGCUGGUGAUAUACAAGAAUUAAUUGAAAUAUUUUUGAUACCAUUAGCUACUUCAUUCGUUCUUCCUUUAACAGUACAUGAAUUUUGGAUUGCUCAAUGUGUACUUAUCUAUAUGGAAGCAGGUGGUCAUUCAGGUAUACGUGCUUAUUGGCCACAUAUAAUUUUAUAUGAAGUUCUUCAACCAUUUGGUAUGGAAAUAUGUAUUGAAGAUCAUGAUUUACAUCAUAGAUAUGGAAAAAGUGGUAUGAAUUAUGGUAAACAAACAAGAGUUUUCGAUCGAAUUUUUGGUACAAUUUCUGAACGAAUUGAAUGUUUACAAAAAUAA